CAGAUCCAAGGAGGUGGUGAUAUUCAUGGGAGCACGAUUCAAACUCUCUCACUUGGAGUAGGAGUACAGCUUCAGCAGCCCUGCAGCGAGCGAGCUGCUCUCUUUGCACCUCUUUUCUUGUCUGACAUAAACUAAAACAGAUGGAUUAAUGUUUGCUUAAAAUAAAAUUAAAAUUCCGCACUGGAUGGAGAAAAACUCAGUUUCUCACUGUGGACUGAAGUUAAGUGCUGAUUUGACAACCUGAGGACAUUCUGCGCAAAGUAUUACCUGGGCAUUAUGAAGAGGUAUCCAGGCUUUUUUCAUUCUUGGGAGAGGAUGCAGUCUUGCUGAACUCACGUAGCCUUUUUAAAUUUGCUCAUAUUUCACUGGCUCUCGAUAAAACUGUAACGCGAGCUGCACUUUUACGCGGUAGUUUUAAAACUUUGCAUGCCCAAAAUGGACCGUGCAGGAUUUGCUGUUUUAAUGGUUUUGACUGUUGCACUGGUGCGAAUUGGUGACAGUCAAAAGGACACAACAGGUGGGAGGAAAGAGGGUACAGAGGCAGGCAGGGCGAUCGGGGACCAGCAGUCCCCGGUGAGGAGUCAAGGUCACUCGCCAAGAGGACCAGAGGACGGUGCAUCCUCCAGACUAUCUGGGGAAACUUUUCCUGGGACCCGCCACUCAAGGACUCUGGUCCGCCUGCCCAGGGGCACAUCAUCCCAAGGGGAUGGCAGACACAUAUCCACAGCAGGACCGCUUCACGCUGCUGGCGCCUCCCGGGAAGACCUCGUCUCUGCGCCGAGGGAUGGCGCGCCACGCACUGCCAGCCAGCAGCACAGAACCAAAGUUAACCGCAGGCAGAGCAGCAAGCUCAGCUCUGCCAGCACAAAGAGACUUGCUGGGCCUAAUGUCUGUGGUGGUCAGCAGUGCUGCUCAGGCUGGGCUUUGGCACCAGGGACUAAUCGCUGCAUAAAACCUGACUGCCAGCCCCCCUGCCAGAACCGUGGCUCCUGCAGCCGGCCGCAUACCUGUGUGUGUCGCUCAGGCUUCCAGGGGCCCCGCUGUGAGGAGGUGGCUCCAGAGCAGGUGUACAUCCAUGACAGAGGCACUCUGAGGCGCAUUCAACCUGGGACCAACCCUUUCCAGAAAGACCAACCACGGAGAAGGCCCUCAGAAAGGCAGGCCAUCGAUACCACCAAGGUCCAGACCCCACGACCUGCAACCACGAAACAGCCUGUCCACACUGUGACCCAAGUGAGACGGGGACCCCCUGACUCCUCCUCUCAGCAGACUGGGACCUCACGCACUGUGAAACGUUAUCCAUCAUCCUCUGGACCUAUAACAUCCAACGCUCUACCCAGUGGCAAUGGCUACACUGACGGAUAUGGCAAUGAGCACAGAAACUGGCACGGACACAGAAAUGGGCAUAGUAUUGUGCACUCCUUUAACACUCACAAGCCUACCAGCGACAGCCAGCUACACGGACAGUUCAACAAUGCAUUAUUACCAGCAGGGGCCAACCUCACCUCCAACCUGGACCGCAUCAAGAUCGUCUUCACGCCCAUGCGGUGCCACAGGGUGUGCAGUGGUGGGCGCUGCUACAACAACUGUGAGAAGGGGGACAUCACCACAGUCUACAGCGAGAACUCGCACCAGCAGCAGCAGCCAAAGAACCAGGGCUUCCGACUCUUCUUCUGUCAGAUACCCUGUCUUAAUGGAGGCAAAUGCAUUGGCAGAGACCUGUGCUGGUGUCCAUCAAACUCAACAGGGAAGUUUUGCCACCUGCCAGUUCCGCCUCCUGCCAGACCUACUCCUCACAGCCACAAGGAUGCCAGCCACCAGAGACCAAAAUCUCCCUCCCACUCCAUGUACACUCUCCCACUGUCCAAUCAGCAAGUGUCACUCCACCCAUCCUUGGUGAACGUCCACAUUCAUCACCCCCCAGAGGCCGAAGUCCACAUCCACCAAGUAGCUCGGGUCCAGCCUGGGCAGAGACCGGCCACCACAGAGGGGGCUCACUCUGUCCAGCAGCGCUCCCAGCCUGGGAAUGGACAUGAAACCACCAAUGAUCAUAACAGCAGGCACCCACAUGCCAGUGGGAAUGGCCAUGGCCAAGCCAGGCCGCACAGCCGUCAGAAUGGACAUGUAGGAAGAUGCUUUCAGGAAACAGUCGAUGGACAGUGUGGAAAGCCUCUGCCAGGCCUAACCAAACAGGAUGAUUGCUGUGGAAGUGUGGGCGCCUCCUGGGGUCUAAACAAGUGCCAAAAGUGUCCAACCAAACCAGCAUAUGCAGUGAUUGCAAAUGGACAAGUCGAAUGUUCCAAAGGUUUUAAAAGGAUGAAUCUCACACACUGUCAAGACAUCAACGAGUGCCUGUUGCCUGGGAUCUGUAAGAAUGCUGAGUGUCUCAACACUAAAGGAAGCUACAGGUGCACGUGUAAACCAGGCUUCAUGUUAGACCCUGCUAGGAGCCACUGUGUCUCGGACAAGGCUGUGUCUGACCAGAGGGCAUUCUGCUACCGAUCUGUGUCAGCGGGCUCAUGCUCUCUGCCCCUUGCUCAACACAUCACCAAGCAGAUCUGCUGCUGCAGCCGAGUGGGCAAGGCCUGGGGCCCCGGGUGUGAUCGCUGUCCUUUGCCGGGAUCAGACCAUUUCAAGGAGAUCUGCCCAGCUGGUCAUGGAUAUACCUACUCGCGCUCUGAUGUGCAGAUUUCUCUCAGACAGCUGGGGGAAGAUGACCUGCAGAGCACAGGAAUGUCAUGGGAGGAGCAGAGCCCCACUUACCCUCAGCUUCCAUCCUCCCAGCCCUCACUGCCGCUGCCUAGUGGGCCCCAAGUACCCCAAUACCCUGAGUACCCUGAGACACCCCAAUACCCUGAGUAUCCUGAGACACCAGAAGCACCCCGAUACACUCUGACUCCACAACAGCCUCUCCAUCCCUCUCACCCAGCCAGAGAGACACCGAAGGAGCCGGAAGACGUGGAAAUUCUGAGUCCGCCAGCUGUUGUGACAGACUCACCACUGAAAUAUCCAGAGACUUCUCCAGACUCCUCCAUCAUCAGCCUGAGGCCAGAUUCAAAGGACAUCCACACAGGUAAUGACAAGUGUGCCAUCACCCCCACCAUAUGUGGCCGUGGGAAAUGUAUUCCUGUGCAGACUGGCUACACCUGCCAAUGUGAGCCAGGAUUCAAGCUCAGUGCGCUGCAGACCAACUGCAUUGAUGUGAAUGAGUGUGACGAGGACCCAUGUGAAGGGAAGGGCCGCUGUAUAAACAGCUAUGGCUCCUACACCUGCCAAUGUCACAGUGGCUACAGCCAGGUGAUCACCCAGAACAGGAAGUUCUGUCAAGACAUUAACGAGUGCAGCAUGCCGAACAAGUGCCAGAAUGGCAAAUGCGUCAACACAGAAGGAUCUUACACCUGUGAAUGCAACAGUGGCUACGCCAAGUCUUGGAGAGGCCUAUGCGAAGAUGUAAACGAGUGCUUGAACCAAACAGUGUGCGGCCCUGGGAGGUGUGUCAACACUGAGGGCUCCUAUAGGUGCAACUGUUUCAGAGGAUACGAAGUCUCACUGGACAACGUUUGCCAAGAUGAGGAUGAGUGUGUGCUCCCUGGAGUCUGUCUCCAUGGCCGUUGUGUCAAUCUGGACGGCACCCACAAAUGUACCUGUAACCAUGGUUACCAAGUCACCUCAGACAGCAAAGCCUGUGAAGAUGUCAACGAGUGUGCAACUGGUAAUGUGUGCCCUGCGGGAAUCUGCAUUAAUGCUCCAGGUUCCUACAAUUGCCAGAACUGCAGCCCUGGGUUUGGACCAUCUGCUGAUGGACUGAGAUGUGAAGAUGUGGAUGAGUGUGCCCAGGGUGACUUGUGUCUUGGUGGGGUGUGUGCCAACACGGAGGGAUCCUACACCUGUACCAGAUGUAAGGCUGGCUACAGAGUGUCUCAAGACCGGCAGAGGUGUGAAGAUAUUGACGAAUGCCAGUCCCUGUCUACCUGUGCCAACGGGAUCUGUCUAAACUCGGAAGGCUCUUACACCUGUGAGAACUGCCCUACAGGGUACAGAGUAUCAUAUGAUGGGGAGCUCUGUGAAGAUAUUGAUGAGUGCGCGCUAACCACUACGUGCCCCCGGGGAACAUGUACAAACACAGAGGGUUCCUUCACAUGCAUCAACUGUCAACCUGGUUUCAGAGUCUCUGAGGAUGGACAACAGUGUGAUGAUGUGGAUGAGUGCUUGGUGGCUAACAUGUGCCCGGGCCAGCUGUGCUUGAACACCGCAGGAUCCUACACCUGCAGGAGCUGUGUAGACGGCCUGCAACUGUCCGAGGAUGGUUACAGCUGUGAGGACAUUGACGAGUGCCAGAGCCCAGGUGUGUGCCCCAUGGGUGUUUGCACCAACACAGAGGGUUCCUUCUCCUGCAUGGCCUGUGACCCAGGCUUCACAGUGGCACUUAAUGGGCUCUCAUGUGAAGAUGUAAAUGAAUGUGUGGACAACAGCCUAUGUCUGGGAGGCCAGUGCACCAACAACAUUGGUUCCUAUAGCUGCUCCUGCCCCACUGGGUUGGAGCUGGUGGAUGGGACAUCCUGCAGAGAUAUCAAUGAGUGUUUAACCAUCACGGGGAUCUGCGGAGCCGGAAACUGUCUGAACACUAAGGGCUCCUACACGUGCAUCUGUCCUGAUGGAUAUACCACCAUCAAUGCUAGGACCGGCUGCCAAGAUGUAGAUGAAUGCCGUAAAGACAAUGUGUGCACCCGGGGCCAGUGUCUCAACACUGAUGGCUCUUUCUUGUGCUUGUGUAAGGCUGGCUUCAAGUUCAACGCUGACACGGCUGACUGUGAAGACCAGAAUGAGUGCAAGGAUUUUGGAAGCUCAGUGUGUGGUACCUGGCGCUGCGAGAACACCAUCGGCUCCUAUCGGUGCUUCAUGGGCUGCCAGCCUGGCCAUGAGGGAGGAGACGCCACAGACUGCGAUAUUGAUGAGUGUGUCAACGAAACCAUCUGUGGGAACCACGGCUUCUGCGAGAACACAGACGGCUCCUUCCGCUGCCAGUGUGACCAAGGCUACGCAAACCCGCCCGGAGAUAUGAGCAGAUGUGUUGACGUGAACGAGUGCGAGAUGAGCCUGGCGCUGUGCGGGGAGGCCCUGUGUGAGAACUUCGAUGGCAGCUUCCUGUGCAUCUGCCCCAACGACAAUGAGGAAUUUGAUCCCAUCACCAGCCAGUGCCGCUCCAUGGUUGAAACUGACCCGAAAUCCACUGCUCUGGUCCCCCCCUCAACCGAGGAGAGGAAAGAGUGUUACUAUAACUUGAAUGACGCCAACUUCUGCGACAACGUCUUGUCUCGCAACGCCACCAAGCAGGAGUGCUGCUGCACGGUGGGGGCAGGCUGGGGGGACAACUGCGAGAUCCAUGCCUGUCCUGUUCCAGGAAGAGAUGAUUAUAGCCAAUUAUGCCCUCAUGGCAGUGGAUUAUUGUCCCUGCCUGUUUCCGCUACACAAAGUCUGGGACAACAACGCCAUUUCAUAGAUGCAAAUGAGUGUAAGAUGUUUGGAUCAGACAUUUGUAAGAAUGGACGGUGUUCCAAUCUCUUUUCUACCUAUACAUGCCUCUGUCGCUCUGGCUUCUACUAUGACAACAUCCGGCUUGAGUGUGUGGAUUACGAUGAGUGUGGAUUUGUAAAAGCCUGUGAGAAUGGAGUGUGUGUGAACACGGCCGGGUCUUUCAACUGUUUCUGCAGUCCUCCAUUGGUCCUGGACAACACACUGCGGCGCUGCAUUGCCCUCAACAACACAGGAGAAUCUCCAGAGCCUGAUCACGACGUGCACAUGGAUAUUUGCUGGCUUCAUCUGGAGGGGGAGAACAUGUGUUCGGGACCCCUUCAGGGACGCAGAACGACAUACACUGAAUGCUGCUGCCUGCAUGGUGUGGCCUGGAGCGGACAGUGUGCCUUCUGUCCCAGGAGAGACUCUGAGGACUAUGCAAUAAUGUGCAACCUGCCUCGAGGAGCAGGUUCAGACAGCCUGCGAGAGCGGCCAGGAUAUGAGUACGGUUAUGAGGGGCCAGACGAUCCUGUGGAGCCUUUUGUUUCUCCAUACUUUGACAGUUAUGGAAACCCUGUGCGACCCUAUGACAUUCCUGAGAGCGUUCCUCUCUUCAACGACCAUGACUACAGUGUUCAACAGCCACCUGUCCGUGUCCCUGUUGCCCGACCACGGGAACACCAGCCACAACCAGUGGAUUCCUAUGCUGAGCACACCGAUGGCUUUGAGGGUCUCCGAGCAGAGGAAUGUGGAAUCCUCAACGGGUGCGAAAAUGGCCGCUGCGUUCGUGUGCGAGAAGGUUACACCUGCGACUGCUUCGACGGUUACGAAUUUGACCUAAACAAGAUGGCCUGUAUAGACAUAAACGAGUGUGAGGACAUCAGCGACAAGGUGCCAUUGUGUCACAACGGGCUGUGCACCAACACAGAGGGAUCCUAUAGGUGCACCUGUUUGCCAGGCUUUGUGGCCUCUGCCAAGCCACACGAGUGCAUCCCAACGAUCCCAGAGUCUGGGCCUAGGGAGACAGGAAACUGAGACAGUGACUGUUGGAGCGCUGGCUUUCCCCUGCUCCCUCAAAGAUCACCUUACACCCCUCUGCCCUUUCCCCCCAAGGGCCUGGCACUAAACCUCCAACAGUAAAGCUGAGACGUCCAAACUCGUUUCCCUACAUACACAAACACAUACACACAAAAGCACACACACUUGCAUUCAGCACAGAACACAUUCAGAUCCCCCUCAUACACAUUCAAGAGGACCAGGAAUUGUGCAGUGAAUGUAUUACAUGGGAUUUAGUAUUCACCAGAUAUCCAUUUGCCUUAAAGGGAUUUUGUGGACUGAUCUUUUUUUAUUCAGUAACCCCAGGCAAUUUCAUAUGCAGAUAUAUUUUCCACAUUAUUUUCUGUCAUUUUUUUGUGUUAUUUAUUUCAUUUAAAAAUAUUUUUUUUCAUUUUCAUGACGGGCCUCUGCAAACUAAGAAAGUAACCUAUUUCAGAGGACAUACUUGAUUCCUCUUGUUUUUAUUUGUCUCACCAAUUGACCUCAGAGGCGGGUAUGGGGAGAUAGUAAAUGUCUUUUGUAAAAGAAGGAAUGUCACAAGAAAUCAGCCACUCACAACUCAGUUUGUGUUUCACCAACAUUAUCUCACUCAUUGUCAUUGUAAUUAGCAUUGACCCUGGACUAAACGGAUACCAGGGCUGACAAACAUCAGAAAUUCAAAGAGAGAACUUUUUCCCGCACCUGCCUUUCUGUUCUUCAAGAUUAAUUACGAGCUUAAGUUGAAGAAUCUCUGGACCAAGAACGGGCAAGUCAAAGCCAGCCAAACGUACGAAUUAAAACUUCAGCCUUCAUGUGGACCUGGAAAGCCUGUAGAUGUAUAUGAUGAUCUAUGUAGUGUUUCAAAAAGUAUGUAAUAGGUAUAACCUGCCUUCCUCUGUUUGACACCAUUUUUAAUCAGUCUUACCAGCAAUACAGGCAAUGUUGUAGGAAAACCUGUGGUCAGUUGCUGAUCCCAAUUUUCCCCAUAUGUACCGUGACUUAUCAGAGUUUGUUUCUACAUUCUAGCCUAACUUCUGAAACUACAGAAAGUAGGUUAGUUGAAAUUAUCCACUAGUAUCAGUGCUUAAAAUGAAAGUUGGUUUUAUGCGCCACUGCCACACAGGCAAAAGGCAAUUAGAUCCCAGAUGUCACAUCAGACCAUUCCCAUGUGGGCAUCUCUGAAUGCAUGUAAAGACAAAGGCUUCUUUGGAGAGGUUUGGUAUAUUUUGUACAGAUCUAGUACUAUGUAUUAUUUUUGUUACAUAUUCUCUUAAUGCAUUAUAGCACAACCAAUAUUUUGUUUGACAUAAAGCAUAAAAUGUAAGGAAAAUCCGGCAUUAUAGCUUUGUAGAUUUAUACAUGUCUGUAAAAAUGUUUUUAAAGCAUAUCUUUUUAUGUAUGAGGAGAGUGACUGACACUGUACCAGAGGAACUGUGUGUAUACCCUGCCCUGUGGAGCAGACAAUGAAAUAUAUUUUUUGGAAGUGGCAGCACUGUUCUAUUCACAGACAUUUUGUCUCUUCAAGUUCAUUACAAAGACAAUGCUUUUGAAAUGCAAGUACCAACUUCCGUGCAUCACAACUUUAUGGCUAAAUAUUAGUAAUUGUUUAGUCUCUGUUGGAUCCUUGUGUUAUGGAUGUUUAAUAGACAGUAUCAGCCUACUCAUUUGGUUUCUGAACGCCCACUCAUACGUUCUUUUCUUUUGUAUUCAGGUUUAAGAAAAUAACGGCAUAAUUUGUCUAAACGACUGAAUGUCUCUCAAGAGAUCUCAGCAGCACAUAAACAUAUGAACAUACAGUUGUACAAAUGUCUCCACUUAAUGUCCAUUGUACUUUACUGUGCUGUUCAAAUCAACGCCUGAACCGGACCAGAAGUCUAACAUUUAGGUCUAAGUUGUAAUAUUUAAAGCCUUUCAGAACCGCAAAUAACUUGAGAUAAAUGUCUUAUUUUAUAGCUGUGGUCAUUGGAAAUAACAUGCUCAUUCAUUUUUGUUUACCUCUUGACUGUAAUCACUAUCAGUCAUCAAAAUAAAACGUUGAAAAUA